UUUCUCGGAACCGCCCUUACAAAGGACGCUGCUGCAGCUUCUGGCUUGGUUUCAGAAGACGAACAGUUAGUGAGAGCGUAGUUGAAGUAGCAACCAAGAACAUGAAUUCAGGACGUAAACUGCACUUUUGGAUUCUCGUUUUCUUAUUCGUGUUCUCGAUAGAAGAAGCCAUUGAUGCAUAUCCUCAGUUCACUUGUGGAUCUCAUGGAAUAAAACAUGAUAUCAACCAAACAGGAGACCUACCUAAGGUGACUUGUCUGACUCCAAGCCAGACUGUAUACUUGGAUGCGAAUGUGCAAAUCGAGUGUGGGGUUAUCUCCAGUACUUAUGCUAACAUCACGUGGUUGCAUAAUGGAAAAUCACUCAGUGAGAAAAAGAAAAGCUUCGUGAAGAUUAACAGACUGUCCUGCGGUCAAACGCUGAAAAUAAAGUUUGCCGGGAGAGAGGAUAGAGGAAAAUACACAUGUGUAGCCACUAACAAGUUUGGAACUGUCAAUAAGACAUGCUCUCUUAAUGUCAGGGGUAUGGCGUUGUUUUCACGAUUGGAUGCCACACAAAGAAUAGAACGUUACAAACCUCCUCCACAAGUGGAAUACGUGAAGAUUGAUGGCAACCGCCAAACAGCCUAUCUGCAUGGAACUGUUACAAUCAAAUGUAAAUUACUUCAUGUCGAGGCUGAUGCUUGGCUGUUUAACGGCACAAGGGUCUCACAUGGUGGUCGUCACAAAAUGAUACGGGAAACCACUAUUGCCAAACAUAAAAGGCUGUUCGCCUUGAAAAUAAUUAACGUGACUGAAAAGGACGAGGGACGGUACACAUGUUUAGCAUACAGAAGUGGCUUAUACCAAACAAAAGAUCUUGUCCUCAAAACAGAGCCUUGUCCACGCCGUCAUCAUUGUCCCCCCGAAGGAAACCAAGCUUUUCCUAUCUCCUUGCUUCCGUCUUGCAACAGAGGACGUAGCUUCCACAGACCAGAUCCCGUGAGCAUAUUAUUGUUCGCAGUGUUAGCUUUUUCCUCUGUCAAAUGCGUUUAACAGCCAAUCAGAUGAAGGGAAACUAUCGCAAUGAGAACAUUGCGCAGAAUUGUGUGAGACAUCCGGGAUAUUUACGGGUGCAAGGGCGCUAAAUUUAAAAGGCUGAGACGACAAAUGGCAUGACACAAUAAAGAAAAAUGGUAGCAAUAGGCAAAGGUCCCCCUGCGUUUAUUUUUUCACAGCUUAACUAUAUAAAAUUUCGAAAGGGUUGCAUAUGGUUUUCAAAGAAAAGAUUUUCAUAAUAAAAUAACGACCAUUUUUCA